AUGGCUACGAGUAGGUUUACAAGUUUGAGCGAAGAAAAUAUUACCCAGUUACUUAAUGAUAAAGACAGUGAGAAUACCAAAAAGUUGACGAAACACCAUCGCUUAAUUUUUGAAUCGUACCUCAAGGAGAAAAACAUCAGAAAUCCUUCAACUGCAGUGGAGUUAGCGGCAGUUUUACGAAAAUUUUGCGCCGAGGCGAGAAAGAAAGAUGGACAGAUGUACUCAAAGAACUCCAUUUGUUCCAUGAGAUUUGCUUUGUGUAGAGACUUCAAACAGGAACUAAGUAUAGACAUUAUGAAAGAUACGGAAUUUAACGAAGCCAACCGAAUUUAUGAAGCACAGUGCGUAGAGCUGAAGAAGCAAGCUAGCGAAAACUGUACACAAACCAAAUUGCUGACGAGGACAUAA